UUGGACGAUACCAAGCAGCGGCCGGGGGAUCUGGAGAGUUGAGGUCGGCGCGACCAUCUUGUUGUUCCAGUCAUUUCGCUCGGACCCAGCUGCAGUUGCAUUGGUAACGGCCGCAGGGAGGCGUGACUGGAUAGGGCGCUCAGUCUGCGUCGGGCGGCCGUGCCUGUCGGAUGUCAGCGGACCGUGAGGUGGUUAGAGCAGUUACAGCAGAGCGGGCGGUGAGGCCCAGGAAACUCCGAAGACUCUGAGAAUGGAGGGGGCCGCGGCCUCGUCUCAACCGGUACCUCCGCCGACUCCGGAGAAUGAGGCGGAAAGCAGGCCGGGACCGGAGGAGAGGAGCGGGGAGAGGGCCGCGCUCAGCCUGCUGGAGACGUGCGGCGUGUGUCGGUCAAAUAUCCAGAGCCGGAGCCCUCGUCUGCUGCCAUGUCUGCACUCCAUGUGUCUGCGCUGCCUGCCGGCUCCCAGCCGCUACAUCAGCCUGCCUGCGGCGGCGGGCCCUCAACCAGGCGGCCCCAGCGCCCCCCACCCGGGGCCCCCUGCACCUAGCAACACUGGCUCCAGCACCACUGUCCAGGUGGGAAUCAUCCGGUGUCCCAUGUGCAACCAGGAGUGUGCGGAGAGAGACAUUAUAGAAAAUUUCUUUGUACGUGACACCACAGAAGUCCCCAGCAGCACCGUGGAGAAGCCCAGUCAGCAAGUUUGCACGAGCUGUGAGGACAAUGCGGAGGCGCGCGGCUUCUGUGUGGAGUGCGUGGAAUGGCUAUGUAAGAACUGUGUGCAGGCCCACCAGAGGGUGAAGUUCACAAAGGACCACACAGUCCGGCAAAAAGAGGAGGUUCCUCCCGCAGUGGGAGCAAAUAGUCAGCGUCCCGUGUUCUGUCCGUUCCACAAGAAAGAGCAGCUGAAACUUUACUGUGAAACCUGCGAUAAACUGACCUGCAGAGACUGUCAGCUUCAGGAGCACAAGGAGCACAGGUACCAGUUUAUAGAAGAGGCUUUUCAGAGUCAGAAGGUGAUCAUUGACACACUCAUAGCAAAACUAAUGGAGAAGAACAAAUAUAUAAAAUUCACCGGAGACCAAAUCCAGAACAGAAUCCAUGAAGUUAACCAGAACCAAAAACAUGUGGAGCAAGAUAUAAAAGUUGCUAUUUUUACACUAAUGGUGGAGAUUAAUAAGAAAGGCAAAGCCCUGUUACACCAGCUGGAGGCACUGGCAAAGGAAAGGAGAAUGAAGCUGCUGAAGCAGCAGAGCGAAGUGGAUGGCUUCUCCAAGCAGCUGGAGCACGUGGUCUAUUUCUCUAAGUGGGCAGUAUCCAGCGGCAGCAGCACUGCGCUCCUGUACAGCAAACGAUUGAUCACAUAUCGGCUCCGUCACCUACUGCGCGCUCGCUGGGAUGUCGCCCCCAUAACCAACAACGUUCAGUUUUUGUGCGAUGCAAAUUCCUGGGCUCAGCAUAUCUUUAACCUAGGCUCUCUAGUAAUUGAAGAUGUGGUGGACCCCUCUCAGCAGACGGCUCCUGUGGACGGCCAAAACUCUCAGGGGAACCCACCCGGCCACCAGCAAUACAAAUUCCCAUCGCAGAUUAACCUGGCGCAGCUCCGCCUCCAACAAAUGCACCAGCAACUCCUCGCCCAGAGACAGCAGGGGCAACGACGGCAAAGUGCCAACAUGGCGUCUCAACCUAUGGUCGUGAAUAAUCCAAGAGUCCAAGCACCCGGACCCCAUCAACCGCCAGUUGGUCAGGGGCAGCGGUUUAUGACUGUCCAGAAUAUCAAUCCACGGGCUAAUGGUAUGAUUUCCCAGCAACCUCUGCGGUACCCCGCACCAGAGAUUCAUAUGCAGAACAUUCCCCGGAGAGGUGCACCCAACGCAGUGAGAGUGGCCUACAUGGCCCAGAAUGCCAUGAAGCAGUGGCAGGCCACUGGAAACCAGAGCCUCUCCCACCCGGCCAUUAGCGGCAGCUCUACCCCAUCCAGUCCAACCAUCAGCAGUGUGGCUGGCUGUGAUGGGAAAGGUCUGUCCUCACCCGUUAUGGAGUUGGUGUCUUCAGCAGCAAAUUCCUUUAACCUCCCUCCCCUGCCUGAUAUUGACAGCACUGAUCACGUCAUGAUGGACAAGUUGAUGCGCAAAGACAUUGCUAUAGAGAGUCACCAGCAGCGCAUGGUGUCCCACCGAACCGUCCAAUCCCCCAAUUCCUCAGUACCAUCUCCGCUAGGGUCCAUGGCCAAUAUUCACCCUCCAAUCCGUACCUCAAGCGCAUCCAGUGUUGGCAGUCGUGAAAGCACGGGGUCUUUCAGCAAACCAAGCGGAGGUGCUGACUCAACACACAAAGUACCUGUAGUCAGACUGGAGCCCAUCAAAAUAAAGUCUGAGAACAGUGUGGACAGCGAGACGCUCGAUUAUCCGGUGGUAGUGGUAAAACAAGCAAACAGACGCCAGCAGCAGCAACAACAACGUUCCCACAACUCAGAUUACUCAGGAAGCCUCCUAACCUCUAUGCUGCUCGAUAGAAAUGGCAAUCGGACCACCAAAUUUGAUGCAGGGCCACGGAGGGACACUCCAGACAGUACUGGUGACCGCCACGUCGUACAGGAGGGGUCACUGUCGGGAUCAAGUGACUGGAUGACUCAGAAUCAUGUGACAGAGAGUGGUGGAAAAGAAGACGAUCCCAAUGAAGACUGGUGCGCUGUGUGUCAGAACGGUGGCGAGCUUCUCUGCUGCGAGAAGUGUCCCAAAGUUUUCCAUCUCUCCUGCCAUGUGCCUACACUGAUCAAUUUCCCCAGCGGUGAGUGGUUUUGCACCUUCUGCCGGGAUCUGUCCAAACCAGAAGUGGAAUAUGACUGUGAUGACCCUGCCCUGGCAGAGAAGAGGAAGCUGGGGGGUGUGGCCAUCAUGGCGCCAGUCGACCAGAGGAAGUGCGAGCGGAUUCUCCUGUACAUCUUCUGUCACGAGAUGAGUCUACCCUUCCAAGACCCUGUUCCACUGACGGUGCCUGAUUAUUACAGAAUAAUAAAAAGUCCAAUGGAUUUAUCACACAUAAAGAGGAAACUUCAGCUGAACGGCUCGCCGCACUACUCGCAUCCAGAAGAAUUUGUAAGCGAUAUCCGGUUGAUCUUUAAGAACUGCGCUGAGUUCAAUGAGCCUGAUUCUGAAGUAGCCACAGCUGGCAUCAAGUUGGAGUCGUACUUUGAGGAGCUGCUUGCUAACAUUUACCGAGAUAAGAAGUUCCCCAAAUUAACUUACGAGUUUGGUGUCUGUGAAGAAGAAAUCGAUGAUUUUGUGACACCGCGGAAAAAACGUUUCAAAGGGGAUGAGCGCAUAUUUUUCAAAUGAACUUAGUUUGUAGCGAGUGCCGAUGUACAUAAGAUGUUAGCUGUUCAAUAAAACUAUUUUUUGAAAAGGCUGUGAGCCUGCGACUCGUAACCCGGUCAGGAUACAGCCCAAACAUGCUGCCAGAUGAAGGAAGCAACAUGGACAAGUCUCUGCACCUCCUCCUGUUUUAGAACAGUGUUUAGUUCAUCCUCGUUCAGUCUACUGAACUGUUGCCAGGAUAUUGCUACAUCAUCUCGGAUUAUUAAGGUUGUCAUGGGUUUGCAUCGGAUGAAACUUUGAGCAGAGAGUCUGAUGUGAACAGUCAUCUGAAGACGAAACGCGGAGACUUCUCCAUUUUACAUUUUUUGCUUUCUCUGCACAGUCCUGUCUAUUUACAGGGUGAAGAAGUCAGGAGCCAGAGUUGCUUUCACUACUGCAAUGGGUCUUGUGACAUUGAUUCACCAACAAAGCCUAGGGUCUGAUAACUAUUAUACAGAUCAUGGAUAGAAAGAACCUCCACAUUAAGUUGAUUUAUUUUGUACAGCUGUAUUACCCUGAACUGCGUUCACGAUUUUGCAGCUACAGAGGUGAAAUCAUCCAGCUUGUUCAUUGUCUGUGCAGAACUUUGGUGAUUUUGCAUUUUGUGUAUUGUUAUUUACACCAGUCUCUGCAGUCAUCUGAUGUAGAAUAAACUGCCCCCUGCAGUAUAGGAGCUAGGCUCUUAGUCAGCAAGCAUGUGACAGCCAGCAGAAUAUGGAGUACAGCUCUGGAGUAUACUACAGGGGGUAUGGCAGGAUCAGUACAAGAUAAAUAAUGUAUGUACACAGUGGCUCCACCAGCAGAGUAGUAGCUCUGGAAUAUAUUACAGGAUAUAACUCAGGAUCAAUACAGGAUAAGUAUUGUAAUGUACAUACACAGCCAAUAUCAAAAGGGUUCCACCAGCAGAUUAGUGAGUGCAGUUCUGGAGUUAAAAAAUACAGGCUAAGUAAUGUAUUUUUGUAGAUAAUUCUGUAUGCGAAUUGGAGGUGAUCAUGCACUGUUUUUUGUGAUGUUUUCCAGAUUUUCACACUCAUCCUGUGAUAUUUUUUUUUUUUUUUUUUUUUUUUUUGCUUGUGCUUACAAUUCUCCAUAGGAUGUCUUCCUCUUUAAAGUUUGUAGGUUUAUUUCAUUUCUGAUGUUCGAUAAGAACAGAUAAAGACUUUUCUGUUGUAACAAAGUUAAUUUAUCAGCAGUCCACAUGACGCAUUCCUGAAUUUUUUACCUUUUAAUUUUUUUCUUCUGGCUUAGAGGUUUCUCAGAACCCCCUUUCAUAUGGCCUGGCAGGGUGUGGGGAUUAAAACAAAAAACAUCCAACCGAUGCUGUGUUUCUUGCAUAGACUGGAAGUGUGACAAGCCGUCCACAUGCAUGUCACCGCUGCUGGUCAUGGGCCAACGCCUGCACACAAUAGUAAUGUGGCAAAAUGUAUUGGCUGGCAGUGGUACACGCAUGUAGAUGGUACAUCAUGCUUCUGGUCCAAUCAUGACCAGAGGGAGAGGACAAGUGUUGCAGUGGAAUUUUUAUUUAUUUUUUUAAUCCCUGUAAGGUGGUCUGCCAAUAUAAAAAUUCUCCUGGUCUUGGAGAACCAGCAGGCAGCAUUUAUUGUCCAGCCGCCUUUCAGCAUAUUUGCCAUGCUGUGGCCGGAUCUCCAGCUGGUCCCCAUUAUAGUGAAUGGGGCCGGGCGGACUUCCGGCAGCACAUGUGUAUACACUGUAGUACGGAUCUGGCAGGCUGUUCCCCUGCCGGAAAAGAUAAACGCCAGUGUGAAACUGGCCUUGUGAAACUGGCCUUAAAUGCUUGUAAUCUCAUGCUAAUGCUCUGCGCUCAUUAUGUGGUAAUUUUAGGGAGUCUGAUAUUUCCCCACAUUUCUCACCCUUUACAGAGUCCUGGAUUUUUGGCAUUUAUACAUGAGGUUUAUGGUAGCUGAAGGCACAGGAUUCUCCGCUGGCGAUUUUCAGUUCUAAAUUAUACACUUGAUCACCGCAGAAUGUUUUUGAUGUAGAUGGCUGCCAAAAGGACAGUUUUCUCUAAUAACCGCUAGAGAGAUGAGGCCAUAGCAUUUUUCAGAAAUCAAGACUACGUUCUUAUUUAUAAUAAAGGUUUCUGUUGUGUAAUGUAAAUGGUUAAAUUGAAAUAUAAUACAUAGCUUUAAAGGGGUUAUGUCAUAAUUAUAGUAAAAAAAUUAAAUUAAAUUAAACCAGACAGCAUAUAGUACAUGACAGUCUCUAACAAACCUAGAACCAGCCCUUACCUCUCAUGGAUGCAGAGAUCACCCAUUUAAUUGCUGGAUUUAUUUCAACCUGACAGCUUGGGGGAUUGUCCUUUCUCCUGCAGCUCUUUACCCGUCACAGCUGAGGGGACUGUCCCGCCUGCUGCAGCCCUUUCCCUGUAAUUGUCACUGCUUCUAACGGUAGAUAUGGCUGGCAGCAGUUGAGGGAUGGACCUGAGAAUGUCCGACCACCUCAGUUGGUGGAUGUGCACAUUACUACAGACCUUAAACACCAGGCGGUGCCAUUAUAAUGAAGUAAAUAGAAUAUCUCAUAACUGUAGCAUUUUUACAAAAGUAACACAUUUUUCAUGGGUUAUAAAAUUAAAAUAACAUACAAUGGUGGCUCAACCCGUUUACCUGUCUUUCCCUGUAUUCCAGUCACUCGUUCUGCUGGCUGCUGCCCAGACACUGUGCCCUAUGGUGUAUUGCAUUGUAGGUGCUUCUCUUUAUCACACUUCUGUACGGUGCCUGGUGCCAACAGUACAACUAUCACUAUGCAACUCGGCAGGGCAUGUGGAGGCCAGACGCUAAAGCAGCAGUACAAAUCUGAUUUAUGGAGCCUGAGAGCAGAAUUAUGAAUGCAGCUCUAGAAGUAACUGGAGCAUAAAACAUAAUAUAUGGUAACUCGGGAUAGGCUAGGUAAAGCGCAGUUAAUUAUAUGGAGACACACAAACUGCAGAUGAUCCAGUGUUACCAGUGAUUUCUCCUUCUCUUCCGGACCAAAUAGAAUGGAUCUUUUUUUUUUUUUAGUUUAUGCUCCUUUUGAUUGCAGUAGAUCAGUUUGGUCAGUAUAUACCAGAGAGAGUGUGCCCCUGACUAUGGGAGCCUGUAUGUCAGUAUUAUCCUUGCAAGACGUUACUGGGUGGAGUGUGGCAUCGAAGCAACAUGGGGGAGGUCAUGUACUGUUUGCAUCCAUAGAAGUUGUUAUAGAUCCUUAAUACAUUUCAUUCUGAGCGGCACUUGCUGCUGUGGAGAUGGAGCAGCAUGUAGUGUCUUGGCAGAUAGUCUUUCCUUAUAACUGACAGAUCACUCCAGUCUUCUAGAACGAUAUCUUUUUCAUUGAGGCAAGAAAGUUCUGUACCUUAGAUUUCUAUUCUAGCUUUUGUUCAGCAAGGUUUUCAAGAUCUCUGCUUCUUCCCAGUGAAUCGUAACCGUUUUUAAAAAUCUGUAGUGUUUGGUCCGCUAAGGCCUCAGAUAUCGUUUAAUGUAUUAAUUGAUUCUCAGAACCCGAUAUAAUCAUCAAGAGGUUGUCCGUCCAUCUGUCCCCCCACCUUUCUCUAGCGCUGGUCCUGUCACUGUCUGUUUACAAAGAGCAGCGGUGUCGUGCCUAGGUAUGGAGCCAAUCGCUGUCCUCAGCCGUACGUCUACUGACCGGCGGUGGUCCCAGCGGUCAGACCCUGACGGUUGUAAUGGGAUGACCCCUUUCACAUAAGCACAAAAGUAGACGGUAUGCUGCAACGGUGAAAUCCAGGCUGUUUAGUUUGCAAAUUAUAGUCUUCACUGGCUGCAACUGUUACAAACCCUCACCUGUUUUCUGAGAACUAUUAAGUGGCCUCUGGAUGUAAAAAAUGUGUUUGAUUCAAUGAAAGCAAGCAGAGCUCUUGGUAGUAGAGAAGAAAUAAAACAAUCUCUGGGGGUGAACUAAAGCGCCAACCUGUUCGUGGAGUAUCUAUGACGUCACUGUAUCAGGCAGAUGGUCUUGCUUCCUUAAUGGCAUCUUAUACUGGCAUCUCCCCAUCUUAUGCCCCCCCCCCCCCCCCACCCCCAUGUGGUUUGUAUGAACUCUGUAUUCAAAACCAUUACCCCAAUCUUUUGCCUAAGUUAUCCUCUGUCUCAUUGCCUCCUGUCCGCCUCUGCAUUGCGUUACUUUUCGCACUGAUUUGUUGAGAGGUAAAGAGCAAAUUUUUGUUUGUUGCAGAAGAAAAAAACUAAUGUUUUUGAAUUAAAAUGAAUUAGAAUUUUAUUUUCAUUGUUCAUUAUGGUGGUCUGUAUGACUAACAAGGUUUCCACUAAUGUCUGCUUCCUCCGUUGUAAUAAAAUCUUCUCUUCUA